UUGAAGUUUGAUCUUUUGUUUGUAUCAAUUUCAAUUAUCGCAAUGUCCAUGUAAACCAUUUAUUGUUAUUUGAUUCAAUACCAAGGAUAGAUUUACUAUGAAAAUUUUUGUGAUUAAAACAUUAAAUGACUCGGCCAAUCUAUCAUAACAUAAUGUCUACCGCAAAUAUGGACUACGACUAUCUUAUAAAACUACUUUGCGUUGGUGAUUCGGGUGUUGGAAAGACAAGUUUUUUGUACAAAUACACUGAUGGAGUUUUUCACACUCAAUUUAUUUCUACUGUGGGUAUAGAUUUCAGGGAAAAAACUGUGAUCUAUCAACAAAAUGGGAGACAACAUCGUAUACAUUUACAACUGUGGGAUACUGCUGGGCAGGAGAGAUUUCGCAGUUUGACAACAGCAUUUUAUCGUGAUGCAAUGGGUUUUCUUUUGCUAUUUGACUUGACCAAUGAGGCUUCCUUUCUAGAAGUACGAAACUGGAUUGAGCAAUUGAAGACCCACAGUCUAAGUGAUGACCCUGACAUAGUAUUAUGUGGUCAUAAAUGUGACUUACAAGAAAAAAGACUAGUGAACCAGAACCGUGCCAGAGAAUUUGCCAAAAAUUAUAACUUGCCAUAUUUGGAAACCAGUGCCAAAACUGGACAGAAUAUUGAUCGAGCUAUUGAAAUACUUUUAGACAAAGUCAUGUACAGAAUGGAACAUUCAGUUGAAUAUGCUAUGCUAUGUGCAUCAGGACGCAGGCGACAAUCCCUGCAGAAACUUCAAGCAAAGCAGGACAGGAAGUUCUGUUCAUGUUGAUCUCAUGAUAAGUAUUUUAUCAUUCCAUUAUGUAAACAUUUAUAUAUGCUUCCCUUUAUGUAAUAUCUUCCAUUUUUAAAUCAUAACAUUUAUUUUAACUCAAUUUGGCAUAUUUAUAAGGAUAUAAAUGUGCAUCUUUGACAUAUAUGAAUGUAUAAUUUUGACAUAUAAGAUCUGCUUAUAUAUUACUUUGAUAAUGAAGAUUUAGUACAUAUUCAACUAUAAGCUCGGUGCUAGUGAGAAUAUUUUAAACGAAUUAUUCCUAAUAUUGUCAUUGAAUUGGCCUUAUGAUAAUGCCAUCCUCCUUGUGCCAAAUAUUUAUCAUUAUUUACUUCCGUUUAAGUAAUUAGUACCCUUAUGUAAAAGUGGAAUUUGUGUUAGGUUAUUUUUAUUUAAAUUGGCUAAUAUUCAAAGCAACUCUCAAAAAUUUAAUUUAAAUGCGCUAUAAAUAAACUUUAGGACUUUAAUCUGAUUUUUAAGUAUAAUAUGCAUAAGGGCCUUUUUAACUUAUAAUUAUAAAUAUAUGUAAAGUCUCUGAGUAAAUGCAUUUAAGAUAUUGUUGCUGUUACAUUUAGUAGAUUAAGUUAUAAUUCUUUUCAAAUAUCUUGGUGGCCCAAGGUGAUGUGCGUGUUGUGCAGUGCCCUCCCCAUGCAUCCAUCAAUCCCCUUUACACUUAACAUGAAAAUUAAGAGUUGCCUAGUUAUCUGAAAACAUUUAUAUAAAUUACUGCACAUGAUUAAUUUAAUUUUAAUGCACAUUGCUUGUGAAAAUAACAUAUGUGUUAGAGAUUUUGAAUGAAAAAUAUAUUACAUUUUUAGACUAUAGCAGACAUCAUGCAAAUGUAAUUUUUUUUUGUAUUUUACAAAUGUUAUUUAUUGUUUGCUUGGUCCCCAUAAUGUAGAAAAAAUGUGGAUUUUUUUAUCUGUUCAGUUUUUAUGAAAUGCUACUAAAUUCAUUUGACUUAAAAGUAUUAUUUAAAAACCUCGGACUUUUCCAGGGCUAUUUUAAAGAGACUGAUUUUACUAAUGUAACUACAUACUAACUAAAAAAUGUAUCAUUAAUAUUACAUUCCAAAGAAAUAAUUGAAUAACAGCAGACUUGAUUUUUUUUU